AUGGAUUCACUUCGACGAGUAGUAGUCACUGGUUUAGGCCUUGUAACCCCUUUAGCAACAGGAGUCCAAAAAUCCUGGCAAGAACUGAUAAAUGGUAACUGUGGAAUAAUAUCUUUGGUAUCUCAUGAAGGAACGGAGAAUACGAAAACAUUAGCAUACGGUGGUUUUGAGGGGUUGCCGUCAACUGUGGCAGGAAUUGUUAAACGUGGAAAAGCGAAAGAGGGAGGAUUUGAUCCAGAAGAAUGGCUGGAUCGAGGGGACGAACGAAAGAUGGCAUUAUUUACACAGUUUGCUAUUGCAUCCGCUAAACAAGCAUUAGCGGAUGCAGAAUGGUCCGCAGAUACGGAUUAUGAGAAGGAGCGAACCGGCGUAUGUAUAGGAUCAGGAGUUGGAGGUUUUGAAGACGUGGUUUCGUCGACGCUAAUAUAUGAAAAUCAGGGCUACCGUAAAAUUUCACCACUCUUUGUUCCAAGGAUGUUAAUCAAUAUGGCUGCUGGACAUUUAACGAUGAAAUACGGAUUUCGCGGUCCGAAUCAUGCAGUCGCAACCGCAUGCACAACAGGAGCACAUGCGAUAGGCGACGCGUCAAGAUUCAUUCAAUUUGGCGAUGCAGACGUGAUAAUUGCUGGCGGCUCUGAAUCUUGUAUACAUCCGUUAUCUCUUGCUGGGGCUAAAUCUUUAAUGACAAAAUUGAAUGAUCGUCCGAGAGAAUCGUCACGUCCUUUUGAUCGAGAACGUGAUGGAUUUGUAAUUAGCGAAGGUGCUGGUGUUGUUGUCCUUGAGGAACUAGAGCAUGCAAAAAAACGCGGUGCACGAAUUUACGCUGAAAUUUGUGGUUAUGGUUUAUCAGGUGAUGCGUAUCGCAUGACAGCACCGCCUGAAGAUGGAAGUGGUGCCGUACUUGCCAUGAAAAGGGCUUUACAUCACUCUAGAUCGGGAAAUGAAAUUGAUUACGUUAAUGCGCAUGCAACUUCAACGAUACUGGGAGAUAUUGCAGAAAAUCGCGCGAUAGCAAGUGUAUUUCCUAACAGAGUGAUUGAUAAAGUUAACAUGUCGAAUGUCCUGGCUGUUUCGUCUAACAAAGGAGCUAUUGGACAUUUGUUAGGUGCGGCUGGGGCAGUUGAGGCCAUUUUCACCAUAUUGGCGGUAUAUGAGAAUAUCAUCCCGCCUACAUUGAAUCUUCAAAACCCCGAUACCGAGUUCCGUCAAUUCAAUUAUGUACCAUUGGCAGCUCAACAAAAAGUUGUGCGUGCUGCGUUGACUAAUAGUUUUGGGUUUGGUGGAGUGAAUGCUUCAUUAUGUUUUCGAAAGUUUGAAAGAUAA